CCUAAAAAUCCAACCUUAAUUUCAUGUAUUAUCCUCGUGUUUUUUCUUCUUUAUAACUAAAAUUUCCGCGCAACAAAAGAAACAAAAUUCAUCGUCAAAAAUCAAAAUCCUUCAUUGUUCUUCUUCCAAGUCUAUCAAUCAUGAUAUUCUCCAGAUUGUCUCGUUCAUUGUCUCGAUAUUCUCGUUCCAGAAAUGCGAUUAGCGGGGUUUAUAGUGGGAGGCUAGCGAAUUGGAGCAAGGAAAUUUUUGCAGCUAAUGGUGCAAGUAAGAAUCAGCUUGCCGGAGAAUUAGGGCUUUUGAGGGGGUAUUUAGCUACAAUCAGAACGAGUAAGGAGGUUGUACCGAAGCAGGGUUUCUCUGAUCUUAAUCAUGUUUUCGCGAACCCGAGAUUGCGCAGAUUUUUCUCCAGUGAAGCUCCCAAGAAAAAAAAAUAUGAUAAAUAUGUUCCCAAAGAGAAGAAGGACAGUCCGAAGCAGGAUGGGCAGAAGUCUCAGUCCAAAGAGGAGACGAACUCAGGUGAUCAUAGCAACUUUCAGGAAACUUUGAUGAGGCUUUUCCAGAAUUUCCCCAUCCCCCUGUUGGCACUUUGGAUGACUUUCAUCACAUUAUCGUUUAAUGGUUCUGAAGCAGAGCAGGAGAUUAGUUUCCAAGAGUUCAAAACUAAGCUGCUUGAAGCAGGUUUAGUGGACCACAUAGUUGUGUCUAACAAAACGACUGCGAAAGUUUAUGUCAGAGGCUCGCCACGAAUUAAUGGGGGAGAUGGUGCUUUUGAGGAAGUUGAAGAGGUAGCUGUCAGCAGCACACCUGCUCAAGAAAACAAAAGCAAAUGUGAAUUUUAUUUUAACAUUGGAAGUGUUGAAUCUUUUGAGGAAAAGUUGGAGGAAGCUCAAAAGGCACUAGGGGUUGAUCCUCAUGAUUUUGUCCCAAUUAUGUAUACUUCUGAAACAAGUUGGUACCAAGAAUUGAUGAGAUUUGGACCAACACUUCUAAUUCUGGGACUGGUUUUGUUAAUGAGUCGGAGAAUGCAAGAUGGCAUGGGUGUUGGAGGUGCGGGGGGUAAAGGUGGCCGUGGAAUAUUCAACAUAGGAAAGGCACCUAUCACAAAAGUUGAUAAGAAUGCAAAAAACAAGAUCUAUUUCAAAGAUGUUGCAGGAUGUGAUGAAGCAAAGCAGGAAAUAAUGGAGUUUGUACACUUUCUCAAGAACCCUAAGAAGUAUGAGGAGUUGGGGGCAAAGAUUCCAAAAGGUGCUUUAUUAGUAGGCCCUCCAGGCACAGGAAAAACUCUGUUAGCUAAAGCAACUGCAGGUGAAUCUGGUGUGCCUUUUCUAUCUAUUUCUGGCUCUGACUUUAUGGAAAUGUUUGUUGGUGUUGGCUCGGCGAGAGUUAGAAACUUGUUUCAAGAGGCUAGGCAAUGUGCACCUAGCAUCAUAUUUAUUGAUGAAAUUGAUGCAAUUGGCCGAGCAAGGGGACGCGGUGGUUUCUCAGGUGGUAAUGAUGAGCGUGAAAGUACCCUGAACCAGCUGCUGGUUGAGAUGGAUGGAUUUGGAACUACAUCUGGUGUGGUUGUUCUGGCGGGGACAAACAGACCAGAUAUUUUAGACAAGGCCUUACUAAGGCCUGGACGAUUUGACCGACAGAUUACCAUAGAUAAACCUGACAUCAAAGGUCGUGAGGAGAUCUUUAGAAUCUACUUGCAAAAGAUUAAGCUUGAUCAAGUACCAUCUUAUUACUCCCAGAGACUGGCAGCCCUUACUCCUGGAUUUGCUGGAGCAGAUAUUGCAAAUGUUUGUAAUGAAGCCGCUUUAAUUGCAGCAAGACAUGAAGAAACACAAGUGAAAAUGGAACAUUUUGAUUCAGCUAUAGAUAGGAUCAUUGGUGGUUUGGAGAAGAAGAACAAGGUAAUAAGCAAACUUGAACGGCGAACUGUUGCAUACCAUGAAUCUGGUCAUGCUGUUGCUGGGUGGUUUCUAGAACAUGCAGAACCCUUGUUGAAGGUCACCAUUGUUCCUCGUGGUACUGCAGCACUUGGCUUUGCCCAGUAUGUCCCUAAUGAGAACCUCCUGAUGACCAAAGAGCAGCUUUUUGACAUGACAUGUAUGACACUUGGCGGCCGGGCUGCAGAACAGGUUUUAUUGGGAAAAAUUUCAACUGGAGCGCAAAAUGACUUGGAGAAAGUAACAAAAAUGACAUAUGCCCAAGUUGCUGUAUAUGGUUUCAGUGAGAAAGUUGGCCUGCUCUCUUUUCCUCAGAGGGAGGACGGAUUUGAAACGAGCAGGCCUUACAGUAACAAAACAGCUGCAAUUAUUGAUAGUGAAGUUCGAGAAUGGGUUGGCAAAGCAUACGAAAAGACUGUCCAAUUGAUAGAGGAGCACAAAGAACAGGUAGCUCAAAUUGCCGAGCUCUUGUUAGAGAAGGAGGUUCUUCACCCAGAUGACUUAGUCCAGGUACUCGGGGAACGCCCUUUCAAGUCAAGCGAGGCAACCAAUUAUGACAGAUUUAAGCAGGGAUUUCAGCAGGAAGACGAGAAAGCCGAGCAAAUCAGUGAAAAUAAAACUGCUGACGAGGAGGACGGAUCCUCUCCUAUUGAACCAGACAUUGUUCCUGCUUGAUAGGGACUGCAUUGUUACAUAUUUAUGCACUCUGAUUGGAUCUCUUGUCUCUCAUUGAGCAAGCUGUACACUGGGCAUAUCUUUCUUAAGGCGACAUCCUCGGGGGAAAAACAGAAACAUUCGUAACCGCUAAAUCAUUCAUUGUCUGCUGAUUGCUGCCACUUGAUCUCCACCCUUGCUCAAAUAAUUGUGAUAAGGUGCUGCUGCUAGCAGCAGCUAAGGGAUUUUAAACUUAUGACCCUUUCUCCCUCAAUAAAUUUGUUAUUGGGAAAUUUUUAGUCA